AUGAAACGAUAUGAAAACGACGCGAAAAAAUUGCAGUCGCUCGGUUUCAGCAAAACCAAGUCUUUACAAGCGCUAAAAGACACCGGUGGUAACUACAAUCUUGCUCUCAAGACACUUAAUCAACAAUGUGAACAACGAGCUCCAGCUCCAGUUCCAGUAAAGACGGAGGUGCGGAAAAAAAACCCAGACCCAGAAACAACGGAGGUCAUCACAAGUACCCCACCAAAACGUGAACGGAAACAUCCCUGUAUUGCUCAAUUUAAGACAUGCUAUUUUGGAGAUCGUUGUCUCUUGCGUGAUUACCCUGCGAACACAUGUAUAAACUACUUUAAUGGAAGCUGUUUAUAUGGUGAAUUCUGUACUAAACUACACCAUGUGGAUGGUGUAGAUAUUCGUGCUGAUCGAAGACCCCCAGUGCGUGGAAACACAUUGAAACUUCCAACAGGUGUUAUUGUGGAUGUAUCUGAAUCCAGUGGUGGUCAUGUGCUCAUAGGAAGAGUGGUAUCUAAUCCUGCAGAUACUGAUAAAGAUUUCGAUAAUAAUGUAAUAGAACCUCUUCCCCAUCCAGGUCGUUUUAAUCGCAUUCAAGGUUCUGAACCAACAUAUACGGAUCCCCAUGCACCCAAUUGGCAGACAGAACAAAUACCGUCUGUAAAUGCUCCAAAACCAUUUUUAGAGGCUGUGAAAAAGAAUUCAUCUGGUCAACAAGAAGAAUCAUCACAUCCACCAAGGAUACUGCAAGUUGUAAAGAGUCAAAGUUCCCCUUCUUCUACUACUACUUCUCCUCCUCCUCAAGCUUCCUUAAGUAAACCCAGAGCUAAACAUCCGUGUUUAGCACAAUUUGGAUCAUGCAAGUAUGGGAAGGAGUGUAAUCAUUCAGAAGUAGAUGCGGAUGUGUGUGUCUUUUUUCUAAACGGUCAUUGUAAUCGAGGCUCAACUUGUCUCUAUCGGCAUGAAAUGGGCAUAGAUUGUCUUUUGCCUACAAGGCCAGUUCUACAAGAACAGUCUAAUGAGAGUUUAUCAAAUAACCAGACUAUGAAAAGGUUAGAGGGUCGACAAGAGAAGGAUAAGAUGGCGGUAGUGUUGAGGGAGGAAGAAAAAGAGGAGGAAGCAGUCUGGGAAAAGCAACCGACUGGGGUAAUGUUGUCUGAUUUUCUUUCCGAUGUGGAAGUUAACGAAAGUGAGGCAAUCUUUCAAGAGCAAAACUACUCACAAGAACAGUAUUCAUAUCAACCAAGUGAUGAUAAAGAAUUGGAAGCACUUAUGGGUCUUUUGGAAGCAUUUCCAUCUGCUGAACCUUAUUUACUAUUACAAACCCUUCGAUGUGCUAAUGGGGAUGUUAAUUUUGUUGCAGAUACUUUAAGUAAGUUAGAUGGAUUUGAAAGUGCUGAAGAAAUUAAUGCUAUUCUCUGGGAAGAACGUGCAAAAGAGGAUACAUCUGUGCAAGAAGCUGGAUUACAGUCAAAUCAUGAGUGUUUUCUCACCUUAUGUACUCUAUUCCCUGCAGUGGAAACAUCCUCUAUUGAAGCAGUUCUGAGUAGAUGUAAUGGAGACUAUGCAGAAGCGUACGAUACUCUUUUAUGUUCUGUAGAGAACCUAACACGAAGAGAUUACGGCAAUCAUUGGAAUGGAAAUAUUAAACCAGCUGAUGAAUUGAGAUUGCAAAAAUUAUAUGCUAUGUUUCCUUCUUUGCCAAAAGAAGUUAUUCGUAGUACUUUUGGAGCCUCCGGUAGUGAUGUUACCAAAACGAGUACCGCCCUUAAUGAAAUGAUAGCAGAAUUUUUAAAGUUUGAGAAUGAGACGACUAAAACAACUACCAAUAAUAGUGUUUCUACAGUUCCUCGUGUAUCGGAUCGUUCUUACAAAACAACACAAGAGCCAUUGCCAUCCCAUUUGCUGCAGCCGAGUGCUACACGAGAAGAAGUGCAAAAGUUCUGCGAUGAAGUCGAACCAGAAUUGCGUUCCAUGGGAGACUGGCGACGUGUACGGGAGCGUGCGUACAUUAUUAAUUCCUGUCGUUUGCGUGUAAUGAGUCAAGCCUCUGCGGCGUAUCUGCGUGGGGAUGGAAAGACGGCGAAGGCCCUCAGUCGCCAUGGGAAACAACUCGGAUUGGAGUACAAUCGACUCAAUCGCAUUGCGAUGGUGGCGCUCGAACGGGAAAGACUCACGUCUAAUCCCGCCUCAACGUUGGAUUUGCAUGGAUUUCACCGGGAUGAGGUGGUGGAGGUGCUGCGGCGGCGUGUGGAGUUGUGUGUGCGGAAGAAGAUUCGUCGACUGACGAUUGUUGUUGGUUGUGGACAUCACAGUCGACGUGGGUACUCCACGAUUUACCCCGCCGUUCUGCAACAACUACAGCAAGAUCCACAAUUGAAGGGAAUUGUUGAAAUUAAAUCCAUGAAACCAGCCUUCUUUGAGGUUCUGGUGACGUCAAGAAAAGAGUGA